AUGGUCACCUCUCGCCAAAAGCCCGAUGAAAUUGAUAUCUCUAAAUACAUCACCCCAUGGAAACCCUCCAGCCAGAAGACGUACCUGCUGAGGAACGCUAAGAUUGUCGACCCUGUCAGCGGCACCACCUCGGAAAAUACCUCAAUCGCGCUUGCAGAUGGCAGAAUAGCUUUUGUUGAGCCGGCCAGCUCCUCCGGCGAGGUGCAGCUGGACGUUAACCCCGAGAAUAUUCCCAAUGUUCUCAAAUCCAUGCUGGACCGCGGCUUCACUACCGUCCGGGACUGCGGCGGUGCAACCUUGGCCAUGAAAGAAGCGAUCGAAGAGGGCAUCCACCCGGGACCUCGCCUAUUCAUCUCUGGGAAGGCACUUUCGCAGACGGGCGGGCAUGGAGACAUGCGGGGCCGCCACGAUACUGUGCCCUGCUGCGGGGGUGAUGUAUCGGGCAUCAGCCGUAUUGUGGAUGGAGUGCCCGACUGUCUUCGUGUUGCGAGGGAUGAGCUACGCCAGGGGGCUGAUUUCAUCAAGAUCAUGGGUGGUGGCGGUGUUGCUAGCCCGACGGAUCGAAUUGACUCCUUGCAGUUCUCUGAUGAAGAGAUCAGAGCUAUCGUCACUGCCGCAACAAAUGCGAAGUCGUAUGUCUCGAGCCAUUGCUAUACCACCGAGGCCGUCCGUCAGGCUAUUGGACAGGGUGUCAGGGGCAUCGAACAUGGCAACCUGAUCGAUCUGGAAACUGCCAAGCUGAUGGCCGAGAAGGGGACAUUCCUCACUCCGACGCUUGUCACGCAUUUCAUGUCCAAGGAAUUACACUUCCUCGAGCCAGAGUCCGAGGCCAAGGUUACUGAGGUGCUGGACCGCGGGCUUGCGACGCUAAAAAUGGCCACGGAGGUUGGCGUUACGGUCUGCUUUGGGACUGACCUCCUGGGGCCCACUCACUUUGCGCAGAGCAAGGAAUUCUCCAUCCGCAGUCGAGUGCAGAGCCCGGUAGAGGUCUUGAGGAGUGCGACUGUCAAUGCGGCGAAAUUGCUCCGACAGGAAGACAGGUUGGGCCAGGUCAAGGAAGGAUUCAUGGCUGAUCUUCUGAUCAUGGAGCGCAAUCCGCUGGAUGACAUCUCGAUAUUGGACAAUCCUGAGGAGACCAUAUCAGCUCUUGUCAAGGAUGGUAGAGUGGUGCGGUCCAGGCUAACCACGCUACAGUAA